AUGGCCACCGGCAACGCGCACAUUGGCAAGCCCGCCCCGGACUUCCAGGCCACCGCCGUGGUGGAGGGCGCCUUCAAGGAGGUGAAACUUUCCGACUAUCGAGGGAAGUACGUGGUCCUCUUUUUCUACCCGCUGGACUUCACGUUCGUGUGCCCCACGGAGAUCAUCGCCUUCAGCGAGCGCGCCGCGGACUUCCGCAAGCUGGGCUGCGAGGUGCUGGGGGUCUCCGUGGACUCGCAGUUCACCCACCUGGCUUGGAUUAACACCCCGAGGAAGGAGGGCGGCUUGGGCCCCCUGAACAUCCCCCUGCUGGCCGAUAUAACCAGAAGUUUGUCCCAUGAUUAUGGCGUGCUGAAGGAAGAUGAGGGCAUCGCCUACAGGGGCCUCUUUAUCAUCGAUGGCAAGGGUAUCCUUCGCCAGAUCACUGUCAACGAUCUGCCUGUGGGGCGCUCUGUGGAUGAGGCUCUGCGGCUAGUCCAGGCCUUCCAGUACACAGAUGAGCAUGGGGAAGUCUGUCCCGCCAACUGGAAGCCAGGUAGUGACACGAUCAAGCCUGACGUGGAUGAUAGCAAGGAAUACUUCUCCAAACACAGUUAG